UUUAAAUUAUGGCGGUAUAUUUUCAAUAUCUAUUUAUUGAUAAAAUAUGACUGUUGUUUGUGAUAAAAAGCAUUUUUUUGUAACUUAAAGUGUAUAAAUAUUAGUUUUAUAAUUAAGCGAAUUCGUGUUAAUAAAUCUUAAGGAAAAUGAGCAGUAGCGAUUUAACAGAUUGUUGCAUUUCUUUGGAUAGUGAUAAAGUGAAUGAGAGGAAAAAGGCUCUUACAAAAUUAAGUUCUAUUUUAGAAAACCCUGAUAUAUCUACCGAACUUAAUGGCGAAAAAAAUAUUUCCUGGAGAAGACUCAUAAAAUCAUUGCAGAAAUGUCUUAAAAAAGAUGCGGAAAAAUGUUUCGAAGACGCGAAGAAAAAAAAUAUUUCGUCUGGAAUACCAACAGUUUCCCUUUGCGCAGAUAUAUUUGUUCAAGUUAUUGAUAUGGCAAUUAAAGAGGAUGACCAAAUAGACGUUUCUGAAUUAAUUCGAUAUAUAAUCGGUUGCUUAAACGAUAUGAAAAUGAAAAAGUGUUACGAAAAACAAUUCCUAAUAAUUGUACAAAAAUAUAUUUUAUUAAAUCCCCGUUGCAGAGGGCAGCUCGAUGUGAAUGAUUGGACAGAAAUUUACAUUAUGUUGAAAUCAUUGCUUGAGCAGUAUAAUGAGCAUGUGGUGGUCACUAAUUGUUUUAUGACUUUAAUUAAAUACGGUCCUCUAUGUGGUCUCCCUCCUAUGCUGUUACGAAGAGAAUUUGGUUUUUUGACAACGAUAUGUCAUAAAGUUAAUAAUGGAUCGCCGAUAUCCCUGCAAGAAAAUAUUUUGGAAAUUGCCCUGGAAUUUUGCAAACAUACUGCCAAAGAUAAUAGAGUCUCGUGUUGUAAAUUUGGAGAAGAUAUAUUUUCAACGUUUAUCAACAUCUAUGAAUUAAAUGGAAAACAAGAAAAAACAAAGGAGUUGAUGGUGCAGUUUUUAUUAUUGCAAGUAAUAAUCCAUCAUCCAAAUGGAGUUUCCGAAGAUAAUAGUUCAUCUUACGCGCAUAAUUGGAAUCAAUGGAAAAAGAUAUUGAAAACAAUCUAUAGUACUUUAAUUAGUACGGAAAUUCAUUUAUAUUUCAAAUGUUAUCAAAAAAAUACGUCGUUUUUCAAAAUUAAUGGAGAAAAUAUAACUUUGUGUUCUAAUUUUACAAGACUUUUCGUUGAAAUUAGUAAACAGUUAUUCACUUAUCCAGAUUUAGAUGUUUCUAUGGCGGUAGAUUGUAGUUUUCCUUCACAAAAGAGACAAAAAACCGAUUACAAACUCCAUCAUUUCAUCAAUAAUAUUAAUGAAACAAAAAGUUGGUUAUGGAUUCAUCUAGUAUGUUCAAUAAUAAAAACUUAUCCUAAUAUAAUAGACAUCACUGAUUAUGUAUCUCUUUUAAAAAUCCUCUCUUCCAUACAAAUAGAAAAUAACGAACAUAACGUUAUUGAAAAUUUAUAUCGUUGCUUAUCGACCAUGCUCCACACGCUGGAUCGUUUGGACGUAAAUUUCCACAAAGAAAAAAUCAAUCAACUUUGGAAACUCAUCGGAAACAGCACAACGAGGGCAUUCGGUUUGAAUCAACACAAAAAUGCAACGGAAAAACUAAUGGGUGAAUUAAUUUCCAGAGGAAUAAUUGAUUUCAAAGACGUUCUUCCGACUUAUCAAUCGGAAGCUAUAAAUCUUUCAUUACAAAGUAUUAAAAAUUUUAACGCCGGUUUACGUUUUAUGAUUUUAACUAACGAUGUACAAAAAAAGAAACGUAUAAUGCAGUGUAUUUUGAAAUCGAAAAAUUUACGAGAAUACAAAUAUUUGUGUAGCAAAGAAACCGCUACAUUCUUAGUGAAAUUGACUUUUAAACAGUGGCAAACCGAACAAAAUAAUACAGAAACUAAUAUAGAAUAUAACGAAUACGACGAUAUAACGAAUAUUUAUUUAAAAUCGUUAUUAGACGAAAGUGUAUUUCCAAUCAAUAAAAACGUAACGCCUGAAGAUAGUAUUAAAAAUACUCGAGACGUCGAUUUCGAAUCUGCCGCCAUUCUUAUUGAAACUAUAGAACAAUUUAUAACAAACGGUUUCGAUACUGAAGAAAUCAUCUUCAGUAAAAUAAUCCUUUUAUUAAAUAUUGCCAAUUGUACUGUAUUAUAUCGAGUACUGCUACAAGAACGAUGUAACAAUUCUUGGUUCAUAAAUUUAGUGAAUGAAUUAUUUAACAAAAAAAUCAUCAAAGAUUUCACAAUAAGUGAAUAUAAAAAUGAGAAGGAUAUCAGGAGAUUGAUCGAAUAUAUAAAUAUUUUAAACGAAUUGUUUUCCUUGUCUAUUUCCGAUGGGAUAAUGAUUGAACUUAAGGAAUUAUUUCCCUUCGAUAUACUCAAAAUUCUGUUUAAAAUAUUGAAUAAAUUACAAAAAGAGGAUAAAAUGGUUUCCGUUUUGCAAUCGCAACUUAAAAUAAGCAUCACACAAGCUCUAUCGAGUUUUAGUUGUAUAUGUGGAAGUAGUUUGAAUGGAAAUCAACGUCACAUUUUAGAAAUUUUGGCCAAUCCAAAUUAUAACUUUCAAAUGGAUGACGAUUUUAAGUUGUUUGCAACUUUUAUCGCAUCACUGAAAUUAUCUAAACCAGGGUAUUUACCAACUACUAUUAUCACCAAUAUAUUAACAUGCAUUCAUAAAAUGUGCGUUGCUAGAUAUGAAGAUAAAGCCGAAGAUAUAUUGAAAAUUCUUCAUGAAAUAUUACCGCACGUGGCUGCUUCUGGUAACGACCAAAAUCGAUGUACAAUUAUGGGAUUGCUCAAACCUUUAUAUGAUAAUGUGAAAAAUAACGGUCCAGCUGUUACAUUAAGACUUUUGAAUUGUUUGCAAACUCUUUGCGAGUUAGAUCCGGCAAACGAUUACUCACAAUGGUCAGAAAUUGAAAUAAUUAAAUUUAUACCGGAUUUUUUGCGGAGCGAUUAUCAGGAAGUUCGAUUUAAAACCAUCGACGUACUCGUUUCUUUUUAUAAAAUAAACGCCGAAACUAAUAUACUCAAAAAUAUUCAUUUACAGGAAGAGGUAUUUUUAAAAAUGUACGAAAUGAGUAUUGCUGUUUUUGAUGUCGACGGUAUAAAUACAGACGAAAGAAGGGCGGAUGAAAUUGUUUCGCGUACGGCGAGUGUUUUACUCACUUUUGGCGAUAUAGCCACUCAUUGUCAUAAUUGGAUCGAAGAAAGUAUCUAUGCUUUGAUGAAAAUUGCCCAUAUAAAAAAUAUUGAUUCUUUGGAUAAAAUAUUGAAUAUAAUAAAUAAAAGACAAUUUGGAGGUGAUGCAAUAAAUAUUUUGGAAAAGUACGUGAUUUAUUUAAUUGAAAAAUGGGUAACCGAUGGUUACAAAUUCGAAAAUUUCCACUAUAAUUUAUUGAACUGUUCCACAAAGUUCGAAUUUUACAAGAAAUAUUUCGAACAAUGCGCACCUUUUUUAAUUUUAACCGAAUCCGAUGAUAUUAUGAAAGUGGUUGAAGAACUUUUUGGAGUAAAUUGUAAAAUAAUCGAGAAAACGGCUGCGAAAAUAUUCUCUCGUUUAAUAUGUACCGAUAUGGAUAAUAUGACUGAAGAAAUUCUGAACAAGAAUAAAUAUUUGGUUAAAAUUUCGAAAAUGUUCGAACCAAAACGAUUAGAAGAAGUAUUGAGAAAUAAUGUCGACCAUAUCGUGAUGGGAAUUUUGGAUUUUUUAACUGAUGAAAAAGGCGUUAAGUCGUAUUUUGGUGAAACCGUUAUAUACUAUACGAAACACUUGAGCGAAACGGACAUUAAUAAAUGUUUUUCAUUUGUCGAGAUUAUUAUUUGCAACAAUCGACCAUUAGGAUUAUUCUUAUCGGAUCAGUGUCUAACACAAUUAGAACAUCUCUUAUUAGAAUUAAAGAUGAAUGUUUAUAAAAGUAGCGUAACUAAAGAAAAAUUGAAAUAUUUUCACAGAUACGCCUUUUUCGUUGAAAUAAUUACGGAUUGUCUCACGUCGAAAAGUUGUUGUAGAUAUUUUUUCGUGCGUGACGUACUUCACACCAUUUUCAAUAUUAUUGAAAAUAACGAAAGAUGCACGAGUAUGUUGUUAGCUUCGUGUCGAUUCCUGAAUAGUUUUUUAAAAAAAAUCUUACCUAAACUAUCGAAAACUUUUAUAGAUUUUUUUCACGACGUUGUCAGUUGUUUGAAAAUGAUUUACGUUACUAGAAAAGCGAUAAAAAAUCAUUGUAAAGAUAUAUUAAAUUUUCUAAUAGUAGAAAAUAAAAAUUAUUUCGAAAAAGAAAUAAAAACGUUGGAUAAAUUUCCGGAUCAAUUAGAUUUCCAUGAUAUAAUAAUCAUUCAACAAAAUUAUAGAACUUCGAGCGAAGAAUCGUUCUUGGAAGAACAAAUCGAUCAGUUUUUGAAUCACAAAGAUAUUUUGACUAAAGAAGAUAGUUUGGUAUAUUUGAGGAAAGCUUUGGAGAAAAAUAAAAAUGAAUUGCAGGAAUUGUAUGAUAAACUUCGAAAUAUAAGAGGAUUCUCCGAAGAUUGCGAAAAAAGCUUGUUGCACAGACUUAUAUGCACUUUAUGUCAACUUAGUUAUUCGACGAAUCAAAACGUUAGUUUAGAAGCCAUCAGAUGUUUGGGAGAACUUGGUCCAGCAAAUUUACAAACACUCGUGCUACAAUCGGAAAAAGAAUUGAUUCAAAUUAAACAAACUCCUUCUGUGAUUUUAUGUGGUGCUGUCAUUUCAUAUUUGAUUAAAUAUAUCGUAGACUGUGAUAUAAAUGUUGUUGAAGAAGCGAGCAAAAUGUUGCACGUUAUAUUAAAUAAUAAAGAAGCAAAAAAACUUGUUGAUUUGAAUAGUGAUUUCGGUUACGGACCUAUCAACAAAAAUUAUAUAAUUCCGUAUUAUCCCUCAACUUUAUCGUCGCCUUUCCAAAAUGCUUCUGUGAAUGAAGAAUAUUUUUUGGAAAAACUUGGAAAUAGUGAAAUAUGGUGUCCACGUGUCCACGGUUGUCACAAUAAAUGGAUUACUAUGUUGGUCUCGAAUUUAUUAGGAACUUUUACAGAUAGAACUUAUUUAAAUAAAUUGGUCGAUAUUUGUAACGUUAAGGUUGAUUUUUGUGAAUCUCUUUUACCUCUCGUGAUCGAUCUACUGAUUUAUCUCGAUAAUUCAACAAUUACUUAUUUGAUAUGUGAAAAAAUCGAUUAUUUUUUCUCUGAACAUUGGAAAAUUACCGUUAACAAAACCACCAAUGAAGAAUCUAUAGCCGUAAAUAAAAAAUCCGUCAAAUGUAUGUUGAACAUUAUUAAUUAUCUAAGAUUAAUGAACCAUGGCAGCUCUCAAACAAGCAGAGCUUGUGUGGAAUGGAAAUUUGAUUAUUUGAAAAUAUCUAAAGCUGCCGAAUUUUGUGCCAAUCAUUUUUCUGCGUUGUAUUAUUCGGAAAUUUGGUGUCAGAAUAAAAUAGAUGAAAUACAAAACGAAAAUCCAACUUACCUCGAACAACGCUCCACUAUGAUCGAUUUUAUAUAUGAACACGAACAUCCUGAAUAUUCCGAAACUUUACACAACAUCUUGAGGAACGCGUACAAAGCAAUCGGGGAUUUCGAUGCUCUACCUGGUUGUGGCAUAUCCUUUCUACUCCAACCAAAAUAUCGAGUAGAAUAUUAUAAAGAACAAGGAAAAUUUGAUCAAGUCAUACAUUUUUACGCAAAUCAAACAUCUUCUUCGAAGGACUUAGUCAACAGCUUCAAAAGUUGUGGCUUGUAUCAAAUUCCAAUUUAUUGUUCUAAACUAGAAGAAGCUGAAUACGAAUGUUUUUGGAGGUUAUCUCAAUGGGAUUUCGAGGACAAGAGACUGCCUUUUGACAAUACAGUAGUCAAUUUCGAUUUCGAAAAGUACAGGUUUUACGCUUUGAAAGCUCUACAUGACAACAAUCAAUGCGCGUUUGAGGACGCUUCGAAAUCACAAUUCCUGUCUAUACAAAACCACGUGAGGAACGUUAGUUUGGAAAGCAGCCACAACUUAUACCCGAUAUUGACAAACCUGCAAUCGCUUAAGGAAAUAGAAGAUUUCUACGAAAGCUCGAAAAGUAAAAAUCUAAUUACGAUUCUUGAUAAAUGGAAAUCGCAAGACAAACUUAUUAAAUCGAAUGAUUUUCAAUACGUUGAACCGAUUAUUACUCAGAGAUUAGUCAUGCUAAACGAUUAUCUGUUUAAGAAUGUAGAUGAUGAUGACGUUAAAAAUUAUGUUAUUGAUUUGAGUUUGGACUUUGCAAAUUGGGCCAAGGGAGAGAAACGUUUCAAAGAAAGUUCGAUAAUUUUGGAGAAUUUAAAAAAAAUUCGGUCGCUUGAUAACGAAAUUAUGACAAAAAUCGAUUUGAUAGAUGCCCAAUUAUCGUGGUCACUUAAUAAUACGCUUGUAGCAAGGCAGAUAUUAAACAGAUUAUGCAAAAGUACAGAUAUAACUAAGUUGAAAUCGGCCGCGCUUAAAUUGACGGGACAAUACAUGAGUGAAAGCAAUUCGGAAAAUCGAACGAAAAUAAUAACUAAUUAUUUUCUGGCUUCCGUAAAAUUAAUGGGUUCCGUUAAAAGAGACGAAGAGGAUAUUAAAAAUGUGAUGGAUACAUACGAUAAACUUGCACUUUUUGCCGAUAAAGAAUAUCUCCAGAUAAAAUCUUAUAUGAAAUCCGAUUUGUUUCAAAAGAAAAUCGCCAAUAUGGAACAAGCGAAAAAGGCCGCUUUAAAUUUGCAGAAACAAAGAAAAAAAACUUACGAAGAAAAUAAAGCAGCGGCGAUACACUACAAAAAUAGUGAUAUAGAUGAACAGGAAAUAAACAGUACAAAAGAGGAAUGCAAUCAACUUUUGAAAUUAGCUCUUAAGUACUAUCUUCUGUGUUUGGUAUAUAGCGACGACAAAGAUAUUAGAAUUUUCAGAAUAAUGUCGCUGUUUUUAGAAAAUAGAAAAAAUAACGAAAUAUGGGAAACAAUUCAAGAACAUCUACCGAAAUUACCAAGUUAUAAAUACAUAAUAAUGUUACCUCAAUUAAUACCUCAUAUAGCGUCUGAUGAUUUCGAUAUAUUCAAUAAAAACGUUAACGAAAUAAUUGAAAAGUGCGCAAUAGAACACCCCCAUCACACUUUACCUAUUUUACUGUCUUUGGCUAACGCUCACAAAGAUAAGGAAUACGAUAAAUCGUCAACGAAAACUUCUACUAACGAUAAUAGAAUAUCUACAGCGAAACGAUUAUUAUCAAAUCUACAAACUAAAAAUAAAGGGUUAUGCGCUCAAAUUACCAAUUUGAAUAAAGUUAGUGUUGCUUUAAUCAGUUUAGCUUAUAUGGAAACUCAAGAUCAGAAUCAUCGGAAGAAGCAAUUCGAUAUUUCUUCCAAUCAGAAAAUAAUGGGAAUAAAAAAUUUUAAUGACGUUCUGGUACCUACUUGUGAAUUAGCGGUUAGUCAUACAAAGAACUAUUCGAACAUUAUCGGUAUCUCCUCGUUCAAAUCAACCUACGAAAUAGUUGGAGGUGUUAAUAAACCCAAGAAAAUUCUGUGCAGAGGAACUAACGGUAUAUGUUAUUCACAAUUAGUCAAAGGACAAGACGAUCUCCGACAAGAUGCUGUUAUGCAACAGGUUUUCAGUAUAAUGAAUAAUCUUUUGUCGAACAAAAAAACGACAAGACAUCUUUUAAUACGAACCUAUAAAAUAGUACCGUUAUCGAUGAGAUGUGGUAUACUAAAAUGGGCCGAUAAUAGUAUGCCGAUUGGAGAGUAUCUAAUAGGAGGAGAUUCGGUUGGGGCGCAUCAAAAGUAUAGACCUUCUGAUAAAACCCCUGCCGCUUGUAGGGAAAUAUUUAAGAAAUGUGCCGUAAAACCAGCAGAAUAUAAAUUGAAAGUGUAUAAAGACAUUUGUCAAAAUUUCAAACCUGUAUUCCAUCACUUUUUCGAAAGUUUUUUCCCGCAACCUGCCGUUUGGUAUGAAAGGAGAAGGGCUUUUAUACAUAGCGUAGCAACUACGAGUAUGUGCGGUUAUAUUUUAGGAAUCGGUGACAGACAUACAAGUAAUAUUCUGAUCGACAAAACUACGGCGGAAGUUAUACACAUCGAUUUCGGAAUCGCUUUCGAACAAGGAAGGGUCCUACCUACGCCCGAAACCGUCCCGUUUAGACUGACAAGAGACAUGGUAGACGCAAUGGGUGCAUCAGGAGUAGAAGGUAUUUUCAGAAGAUCGAGCGAAAAAACAAUGGAAAUCCUACGUGAAAACGCUCAAACAAUUAUAACGAUUUUGGAAGUGUUGCUGUAUGAUCCAUUGUAUGCAUGGACAGUUACUGCGGCCGAAGCUAACAAACGACAAACCGAAAGCGACAACUCAGUCACUCCUCACAUCACGGAUACUUCCGAGGAAUCGACCAAUGUUUCUGCCGAAAGAGCUUUACUGAGACUUCGCGAAAAGCUUCAAGGUACAGAAUUAGGCCAUCCGACAAGUAUUGAACAUCAAGUUGGUAAUUUGAUACAACAAGCCGUCGAUCCGACUAAUUUAUGUAAAUUGUAUGUUGGUUGGCAACCUUAUGUCUAAGAAAUACAUUAAUUAGUUGUUGUAUCGUUUGUUUUUGGUGGAAUUAAAUUCACCAAUUUUCACCACUUAGUUUUAAAACGUUAGAAAAAGUAUUACAAUAAUUUUUUCCACUGAAAAUCAAAUUUUGUGAAUAACAAAGUUGAUGUAAUUUUUUAUAAAAUUGUUUAGAUGUAUAAAAUUCGAAAUAAAAUUAUUUUUUACAUUUCUA